AUGGGGCCGGGCAGGGCCGUUCUUCAAGGGGCGCUGCUUUCCUUUCUAGCGGUGGCCAUCAGAGAUGGAUUGAAGUCUGAAAGCCUCACCGUGGACACCGAAGGUGACGACUGCAAACAGGAAGCUCAAGAUAUGUGGAAGUUGAUGCAGCAACUGGGCUACCAAGGUCGUUUGGAUGGACACCAUUGCGAGUGGCCAGGCGUCACGUGUGAGAACAGGUGCGUAAAGCAGUUGCGAUGCGAGACAUGCGGUGGCCGGCUGCCAGAGCGCAUCAACUUGAACCACCUUUUUUUCGUAAAGUUGACCUCGCCUAACCUGACGGGGGACAUCAAGGCUUUCCAGGAGACGCCACAUCUCCGACUUUUGUCUCUCCACGGCACCCGGAUCCAUGGGAACCUCAGCGCCUUGGCGAAUCUGUCGCUCCGGUACCUGGACCUCAGCGGCACCGCAGUGACUGGCAGCCUGAAGGACUUCGUGGGUGAAACUGUUGCUUUUUCCUUCCUUGUGCAAACCCUUGAUGGUUUGCGCCAUCUUCUCCUUAGCCGCACCAAAGUGACGGGGGAUUUCAACGCGCUUACAGUGCUCCGCAAACUCAUAGCAGUGGAUUUGUCGCACACUGCGGUGGCCGGUCGGAUCACAAGCAAAUGGAGGGGGAAGUUGAGACAUCUCGAGAUAUUGAAGCUGCAAAACACCUCUGUGCAAUUCGCUCCACAGGGAGAGGAACUCCAGAAGCUGAAGGUGCAUAGUAGAUAUACUCUCAAGGAUGAACGUGUCCUACGAUGGUUGAAGGAGUUGGACCUCAGCAACUGUCCCAUUAACAGCCCGGUGGAGGACUUGCUGCUGCCGCUGGCCAUGUCCGGACAACUCACUUCCAUCCAAGCCGGUGGUACUGGCAUCUACGGUGAAAUUCCAAAGCUGACAGACACGGAAGCCAGGAUAGAUGGCGAGAACGUUUCGAACUUCACCUUCCCUUUGGCAAAAAGUUUGGUAACGUUAGACCUCUCCGCAAACAACGUGACUGGAGUGCAUGGACUGCCAGUGCAGGGUCGCAUGUUGCUGCGGGAGAAUCAUCAGCUGAAUGUCGACGUGAAGGUGCUUACGGAGGCCUUGGGCAAACAAGUCUUCCUGGACCUGUCAGGCACCGCACUGAGCAACCAAGACGAAGCAGCAGAGCUCUUGAAAGAAGGAGUGAUGAAGACAACGCACAUGCAUGCCUUCAGAGACGAGACUGCGGGCCAUGCUUGCAAAGAUGUGAUAGGCACCCUGAAGGUGACACCAAGCAAGUUCUUGCCACAGGAGCUUUGCAAGUGCUUACCUGGGUGGUUUGGUAGCGGAGCAACAUGCGAGAUGUGUCCAUCCAACAAAUUCAGUGACGAUCUAGGCUUUGACACUUGCAAAAGUUGCCCUGCAAACAGCACAGCACCUGCAGGAUCCACAAAGAUGUCAGACUGCAAAUGCAAAUUUGGAGAUCUCCAUGAAGGUAUUUGUGCUUGUGACACGCACCACGCCUUGCAAAAGGGCGAUUGCGCUCUUUGCACCAAACUUCACCUGCAGUGCGAGACGCCUGGAAGUCUGGCAUCGACCGCCGUGCCAGACAUGGACUACACUCGCUUGGAACCGAGCGCUGAUGAGGCACAUAAGUGUCUCCCACCGGCUGCAUCAGAUCGGUGUCCUGGCAGCCACCAGUGCGGCCCGGGCUACAAUGGAACUCUUUGCUCGAGCUGUGCAGAUGGGUUUUGGGCCACAAGAGGCAAGUGUGAGCCCUGUGCCGAAGCAAGUUCGACCUCAAUUGCAUCCCUUGUGCUGUUGGGAGUUGCAGCCCUGCUGGCAGCAGCCUUCCUGGUCUACCGCCAAAUCUAUGGUCAACAAGUGCCAGAAGCAGCCAGUGUAAAGACUUUGCUCCAAAAGCUGCUGGCUCGGCAAGGCCCGGUGGUGCUUCAACUGGUGCAGCUGUGGAGUGUUCUCAGCCGGUUAGGGCAACAAAACUCAUCCAGCGCCAAGGGCCUUCCGGAGAUUCCAUAUUUGGAAUUUCUGCAGCUGACCACCACCGAACUGCAGAGCUCCCUGAAUGUGGAGUGUUCUUUUCAUGCAGAGACGGUUCGCACAGUGGCUGCUAUCAGUUCUCCGCUGGCGCCAUUGCUUUUGCUUGGGUGCUGUGCUGCCUUGGAGCUUUACCGAGCUGGCUCCGGCGUCAACAUGGCAUUGAAGACGCUCACGUUCCUAUACAUUGGUGGUGCUUCGAGCACAGCACAGCUGUUCAGUUGUCAGUCAGAGGAUGGAGAUGGCGCAAGCCUCGGAAAAUUCGCUUUUCGCAAAGCUGUUCGGCACUUGAGCUGCUUUCAAAGAGAUGGCGUGGCUUUCUGGGUUGACGUGGUUGCCUACAGCACUGCUGUGGCAUAUGUUGUUGUCAUUCCGCUCUUCCUCGUUGGCCUCAUGCUGCGACAGCACUUCGCCCUUCAGGAUGCUCGACUCUUUACUGCCUGUGCUGAGAGGAAACCCCCACAUACCACUCUGCACCUGGAGAUGUUGGACGACCAGCUUUCCAAAGAAGCGUUUCCAAAACGUUUACUCGCAGCCGUAGCAGCCCACAUGGCAGUGCAUUGCCGCGGCGCCAGACAGGUCCAGCUGCUUGAGAAGUCGGCCACCAUCAUAGAAAUUUCGGAAAACCAAGGGGAGGAGGCUGAGUUGGAUAUGAUGAAAGCGGUGGCCGAUGCAACAGCAUCCAGAAAAAUCGAUGUGCUGAGGGGUCGCAGACUCACUGAGAUGUUGACUGAGCAGAUCAUGCUGCAGGAAACGCAAGAUCGUUGGCUCAUCGGUUCCCGGCCACUUCUGUCGAAGUAUGCGCUUUGUCAGGAUGUGUGGAUGGACGUGGCCAUGAAGCUGUUCGCCGUGGCCUUGGUCUCGUGUGUCUCGAUGGCUGAUGCCUGGAAGUGGGCUAUCGCCUUCAGUUUGGGCAUGGCUGUGCUGGUUGCGACGUGCCAGCCAUACAUGGAGCCGCAGGUCACUCAACUUCAGAGUUUGAGCUGCUUUUGCUUGGCAUUGGCAUCCGCGGCUUUUGUCUACGACUGGGGUUGGUUAGCCAGAUUGACUUUGGUGACACCGAUGCUGUUGAUGCUUUGGCAGGUACGCUGUCCCGACUGCACGGAGGCCUUGGCCGAAAGGUUGUUCCAGGAGCUGCAGUCAGAGCUGCCAAAGCUGCAGCGAGGAGAACAUUGCGAGCUGCUGGUGCAGCAAAUUCGUUUCUGA